AUGGACGCCGGCGCCGACUACCGCUGCCGGAACAGCCGCGCCCUCGAGGGCGGCGAGUCGGCGCUGCCGGGCUCGCUGCUCUUCGGCGCCGGGCUGCUGGGGAACCUGCUCGCCCUCUUCCUGCUGGGCCAGCAGCGGCUGCGGCGCGGGCGGCCCCCGCCCGCCUCCGCCUUCUACCUGCUGGUGAGCGGGCUGGCGGUGACCGACCUGCUGGGCAAGUGCCUGCUCAGCCCCAUGGUGCUGGUGGCCUACGCCCGCAACCGGAGCCUGAGCGAGCUGUGGCCGGGCGGCGGGGAGCCGGGCCCCCUGUGCCAGCUCUUCGCCUUCCUCAUGGCCUUCUUCGGGCUGGCGCCCACGCUGCUGCUGCUGGCCAUGGCCCUGGAGUGCUGGCUCUCGCUGGGCCACCCCUACUUCUACCAGCGCCACCUGCGGCGCCGCCGCCGGGCCGCCGCCCUGCUGGCCCCGGCCGCCGCCGCCGCCCUGGGCGCCCUCUUCUGCGCCCUGCCGCGGCUGGGCUUCGGCGCCACCGUGCAGUACUGCCCGGGCACCUGGUGCUUCAUCCGCAUGGCCGGCGGCAGCGCCCCCGCGCGGGGCUACUCCGUGCUCUACGCCAGCCUGCUGGGCGCGCUGGGGCUGGCCAUCGGGCUCUGCAACCUGGCCAGCAUGCGCAGCCUCUACCGCAUGGCCCGCCGCUCCCACCGCCGCAGCGUCCCCACCGCCGGCGCAGCGACCGGCCGGGCCCCCGCCGCCCCGCGCAUGGAGGAGCUGGAUCAUCUCGUCCUGCUGGCCCUCAUGACCGUCCUCUUCACCGUCUGCUCCGUGCCCCUCAUCGUGAGUACCGGCCCCGGGAGCUGGGGAGAGAGAGCUGGGCGGCACGGGGUGGGGGGCAAUUAUUGGGUAAGGCCCCGAUCCUGUCGGGGCCCCGUGCGCCCCACCCUAACUGUGGCCAUCCUGAUCCCAAGGGCCGUCUUCCCACUGACUUCAAUCAGCGGGCUUUGGGUCCCGCCCAGGUAA